GGGGCCCCGGCCCGGAGGGGUGAAACUGCUACGAAGUCGAUGGCAAGGGGAGAGGGAUUAGGAGAACUGAACACCAGCGAUCUGGUGUGGGAGCCCCAGGCCGCAUUGCACGGCUCCUGUGAUGAGCGGGUGCCCUUUUUACUCCGAGGAACCGCACGUCGCGUAGGGUCCGGAAACGGACAAUCACCAGCGAGCGCGUGGCCAACUCCCUUGGGGCGUACCAUGCAAUGCCUAAUAGUAGGGCUACUGACACAUAAUAUGUCACGGACCGCGGUCCUCGGGAUAUAUGUCAGCGGACAGGUGCAGGAGUAUUGUCUGGUUUUUACCGUUAGGUAGGGCCCUACUGAUUUCAUCGAGUUACCAUGCUGGAUGAAAUGAGUGGGGAGGAGUCCCGGAUAACUCUGCUUUGUUUCUCCCGUGGGCGGAGUAUGCGUAAAGCAUUUUCCAGACAAGAAAAAAAAAGCAUGCAUUUAUUGAGGAAGGCUUAAAGCACAUAACAUCACAAUCAUUUAUAUAACAUCACGUGCGACCAGUAGGUGCGGAUCAUCGAUGUAAAAUGUUGUAAAAACGGGUAAAAAUAUUCAAUUUGUGAGUUUUUCCUCAAAUUAAAGCGGGUGAAACCGCAGAGGUCCUUUAGUGUCGCCACACGGGCCUCACGCCACAACCACAAACGCCGCCACGAGAAGCUAGAAGCAGCUACUAAAGUGGCUGAAGCGUGCGACAGCGGCCGACUUAGGUAAGGGAGAGAGGGGUGGGGAAUCGCGCGAGUCACGUGUGGCGGCGUUUUGUAUUGGCGCAUUAAGUGGCCGGUGCGGGCCACAAGAAGCGAGCAACGACGAUUUGUAGCGUGUGGCGGCCACCGGCGUAUCGUGUGUGGCGAGUCCAUAUAAAAUGUAUAAAACUACAAGAAAUAUGCCGGAGGCGGCGUUCUGUGGUUGUGAUCGGUGGCCCGUGUGCGGCGACACUUAGUUGUGAUAUAAUUGUAAUAGUUAGACAUAUGGUAUCGCGGAUUUUUUUGCAGAUAAUGGUGUCGAUUCUAGCAUGAUUCUCUAAAGCUAAACUUAAAUUUAACAACAGUGUAUUGUAAUGUUAAAUUUAGUUUAAAGUUUAGAGAAUCGUUUCAGAAUCGACGUCAAUAAUGUUCUCUAUGAAACUUUAGCACAUCACUUUGCUUUACUGUCAAUGACUUCCGCGUAAGCGAUAUUAGGCUUAUUUUUGGUAUUUUUUUCACACCCUAGGUUACGUUAUCGAAGUUUUCACACGGAACCGUAACUUUUUUGAAAAUACUCUAUAGUCUAUGUUCAUGAGGGAUAAUGGAGGAUUCAAUUCAAAUCGGUCCAGUAGUUUCGCAGCCUAUUCAAUACAAACAAACAAUCAAAUCUUUCGUCUUUAUAAUAUUAGUAUAGAAGAAUAGAUAGUCGUUUAUCCGAAUUUCAUUGGCACUCAUAUUCGGGCUAACGAACAAGUGUAAUCACGCCACAAUAAUGAUUGUCUGAAUGACUCUAAGCGGAUAUUAUUUUAAAAUCUGGUGUGAUAUUGUUAAAUAAAUGUGGUGUUGGUGUUAAGACCAUACAACCAUUAACAUUACAAACAACCAUCCGCGCCAUUGAAGAAUUAGUUAGUGGAAUCUUUGAAUUAAACAUAGUUUUGAGCAAAUGGACGUGUGAAAUUUUGGUUGUGCGGAACUAACUUCACAAAAACUUAACUAGAAAUCUGACUCAGUUCAUUACGUCCCAUACAAGAAACAUUAGAAUGGUUUAAAAAUUACAAAAGAUUAAACUACAUAUACUUAAUAUCCUUUACCUUCUCAUAAAGAUGAAAAAAAGUUAGACGUUGACAGAAAGUCGGAAAUACAUUUGUCUAUCGUGUUGUGUCAUGACGCGUCAGGUUUUACAGUUUUAGUACGCUUACCCCCUAAUUUGAAACGUGGAGUAAGCUACAACUAGUUACACCGCGUUUUGUUUAUAUCAAUUAAAUGCCAAUAGGCUAGUUUACUCAUGUCGAAUUGUAUUAAAUAAAUGUUUAUUUCUUAAAGUAUUUGGUCGAAGGAACCUAAAUAUAUCGAUUUCACUUCAUAAAAGCAGAAGAUUGCUGUAGAAAUUUAAUUUUAAAAAAUAUUUUUUAGUCUAUAUUUUUUAAACACUAAAAACGCUGUUCACCACAUUCGCCAUGAUUUUGACGUCUCUUUUGGUAAACAACUAAAUGUCAUUCGCGUGUUACUUUAGGUGGAUUCUUUCGUCUGACUAAAUUUAUCUUAAAACACUUUUAACUUUAGGCAAGAAAAAAACAGUAAACUUAGUUUUUUUUUGACAAAACUAAUUAUGGUUGCCGGCUUUGUGAAAGCAGAAAGCACAAAUCUGCCAAGAAUUGACGCAUUGAUGGUUGGUGAAUUUGUUGCACUAAACCCCGAUUUCUGCUCUGCGGAGCAGAGUAACGACAAAGCAUCUAUGUAAGUACAGUGCAUUAAGUAUUACAAUGUAGUAAUAAACAUAAAACUGAUACAACAUAUGAAUAAGUGUAAUAAAGUUGCGUAGGUUAAUUUCUUUCGGCACUUUAAUCCACAACUUUCCUGGAGUCUUCAAGGAUGUGUUUUUAUAUUCUCGUACAAUACAGUAAUGAUAAUUACUUUAUUUUUCGUGGUAUUUAUUAGAAGUCAUGUUUUUUUUGUAUUAUAAACUCAGUUUUAAGUAAUUUUCUACGUGUUUACGAGUUUUUGUUUACCACAGUUCACGUCAUAGCAUAGAUAAUCUAUAGACUAAAAUGGCCGACAGCGUUUUUGUAUGUCCAUGAAAAGUCUAUUUUAAAAUUAAAGAUUUGUAGCUUUCUAGGUUUAAAAAAAAUACAUUACAUUUUUUUUCGGUAUAAUAGAACAUUUAUUAACCAUUUAAAACCUUUUUCCAAAAAGGGUCAACUAGCCUAUUGUAACUCAUAGAAUAGAAAUAAAACAUGGAGUAACAAAUCCAAGUUUAAUCUUCGUUUAUUAAUGGUUAGAGUGGUACGGUGUCGACAUCGCAACACACUAAUAUAAUUCUUCUUACCUUAUUAAAUGUAUGAAACCAAUACCUCUCUGACACGUCACGACACGACAUAAAUAGACUGACAAAUAUAUUUCCAGCUUAAUAAUGGCAGUAACUGACAGUGACAGACAAUAACCUUUGACAAGACAAGUAUUUUGGACAUGUUUUGUUUGUCUUUGUUGUAUUAUAAAUAAAUUGGCGGGAUUGUUUUUAGUAAAUUCUGUAAAUUGAUGAGAUUGAUCCCUAUCAACUUUCUUGCAUCAUAUUCCAGAAUGGCUUCGGCAGCAAAAAAGCCAAACCUUUCCAUUUCGUCCUCCUCGGCUAAAGAAGAAACUACAGAUCUCACUAGUUUUAUGCAGAAAAUUCAAAAGAAACGCGAGGAAACCGCUGAAUCGAUUCUUCAGUACAAAUUCAAUAAGAAACGUCUUCGAAUAGUUUCACAGGAACAGAUGGUCGCCGAUAAAUGUGAAGGAAUAGUGUAUUGGAUGUCCCGAGAUAGUAGAGUACAAGACAAUUGGGCGUUGCUGUUUGCUCAGAAACUUGCUCUGAAAAAUGAAGUUCCACUUCACGUUUGCUUUUGCCUGAUAGCUAAAUAUUUGGACGCAUCAGUGAGGCAAUUUCAUUUUCUUAUAAAAGGUUUGGAGAAGGUAGCAGCAGAUUGCAAAAAACUUAAUAUAUCUUUCCACCUACUAGAAGGCAGUGGUGCUGAAGCUUUACCUCAGUGGGUGGUGGAUCAUAAGAUUGGAGCAGUGGUCUGUGAUUUCAACCCUCUCAGAGUACCCCUAGGAUGGCUGGAAGAUUGCAAGAAGAAGCUCAAAAAAGAUGUUCCUUUGAUUCAGGUAGAUGCUCACAACAUAGUUCCCUGCUGGGAAGCCUCAAAUAAACAAGAGUACUCAGCAAGGACAAUCCGAAACAAAAUCAAUUCAAAAUUGGGAGAAUAUCUCACAGAAUUUCCACCAGUGAUCAAACAUCCUUACACAAGCAAAUUUGAACCUGAGCCAAUUGAUUGGGACCAAGCAAUUGAAUCAAGGGAGGCUGAUAAAUCAGUAGGGCCAGUAGACUGGGCUAAACCAGGUUAUGAUGAGGCUGUGAAAAUGUUGAAAAGCUUUAUUGACAAGAGGUUAAAAAUAUUUUCUUCCAAAAGGAAUGACCCCACACAAGAUGCUUGCAGUAAUUUAUCGCCUUGGUUUCAUUUUGGUCAAAUUUCAGUUCAAAGAGUUGCUCUAUGUGUGCAAGAAUACAAAUCUAAACACACAGAGAGUGUGAACGCAUUCCUAGAGGAAGCUAUCGUUCGUCGAGAACUGGCUGAUAAUUUCUGUUUCUACUGCGAACAUUACGAUAGUCUCAAGGGUGCUAGCGCUUGGGCCCAAAAAACACUGGAUGACCACAGAAAAGACAAAAGAACUCACGUAUACAGCCUAGAGCAGUUAUCCAAAGCUGAGACUCACGACGAUCUAUGGAACUCGGCUCAGCUGCAGUUAGUGAAGGAAGGCAAAAUGCACGGCUUCCUACGCAUGUACUGGUGCAAGAAGAUUCUAGAAUGGUCACCAACACCCGAGGACGCGCUCAAAUACAGCAUAUAUUUAAACGACCACUACAGCGUGGAUGGCAGGGACCCCAAUGGCUAUGUCGGUUGUAUGUGGUCCAUUUGCGGUAUACACGACCAAGGCUGGGCAGAACGCGCGGUUUUCGGCAAGAUCCGCUUCAUGAACUACGACGGAUGCAAACGGAAGUUCAACGUGAACGCAUUCGUCGCUCGAUACGGGGGGAAAAUACACAAGAAUACGUCUAAAAAGUGAGAAAUGAACUCCAUGAUUGCCAAUUGCAUUGGAGAUUAUUAUAUAAAAUAUGAAAAAGAUAUUGAGAGGGGAGGCGGCUAAUGUUUUUUUCCAUGCAAAUUUUCUCUACUGAUUCCGCCAUGUUUUUUAGCGCUGGAGAAAUGAUUUUCAUACAUUAAGUUUAAUUUUACUCAUACUAUGCUCCUGUGUCUUCCUUUUGUCGAGAACUUGUGUUUUAAAGAAACUAGAAACCCUCAAAAAGAAACAAAUUUUUAUCACUAUUAAAGACGUCUAGUGUGGUGAUUUUAUAAAAAUUACAAAAAAGGUAAACAUAGAAGCCUAAUAUAAUUACUUAUUAUUCUAUGGGUAAAAAUUAUUUUACAUAUACAGUAAAACCCGUUUAAGACGAUUUCACAGGGAUUCAACCAAAACCGCGUCUUAAGCGGGAAAGCGUAUUAAGCGGGAUUGCGGGAUAGGGAAAUUUCGAAUGUAGGUAUUGAGGUAUUAAAUAUAGGUACAAUAUUUAAGAAUUAUUUACGAUAUAAAAAUAGUGUAUUAUUAUGACGUUUGUAUUAUAUAAUUAAAAAUUAAUCACUUAUUUUAGUUUGACAAAAAGAUUUUGAAGCAUUAGCAAUUACAAAAUUUUCACAUAAAUUAACUUUUGGUUUGCUUCUUAGCUUUGAUUCAAAGAAUUUACAUAGCGUCUUAAAUUAUUAACUACUGAUAAUGCCUGGGCGUGUGACAAAAUCGGAGUUGAUUCAUUUUUUUCUUGAUCGUUAUCACUAAGGGCCUUGUGUGUUAUUCACAUUCUGGAUAAAAUCUUGAAUUGAUUAAAUUUGGUACGGUGCCACAUUGUCAUCAAUGGAAGAAUAUCCAGGAAAACCCUGGGGGUCGCUUAGCGUGCGUCGCUCGACAGUCGUCACGGCUAUCGCUAGCCGCUGCCGCAAGAGGUAAUAUGUGUGGUACGUGUUAGCGAUUUAGGCGUAUUAAACGGGAUGACGAAUCCUAUUAAGCGUUAAGAAAUGUAUGAAAACAUGUCUCAAGUUGCAGGAACCGACGCAAAAUGGCGUAUUAAGCGUGAUCGUAUUAAAC